CUCCCCUUCUUCCCCCUCUCUCGACCACUCAGCCGCCUCUCUCACCACCUGUUAGUGCGGACCCCUUGUGCUCUGACAUCCACUUGUUUGUGUAGGAAUCUCCUCCACUCACAAUCAAAGACUCUAUGACGGUGCAGAGAGGAAAGAAGCUCAGCAUCUCCAUCCAGGAACACAUGGCCAUUGACGUAUGCCCUGGCCCCAUCAGACCCAUCCGACAGAUCUCCGCCUACUUCCCCCGCCUGUCCCCUACCUCCCCUGGCCCCACUUCCCCAAACCCUGCUACCUCCCCCCUGGCCCUUAGCCCUGGCUUGGUGGUCCCGGGGAUGGGCGGGUCUAAUCUCCUGUCUCCCCUGUUGGCCCACGGGCGGCCAGGUGGGGGCGGGUCUCUGUCUCUGACCAGCAGCGUGGACACGUCGGUGGAGAUUAACAGCUCCGACAGUGACGACUGCACUGCGCUGGGAACGCUGGAGUUUGAGCUGAGAUACAACCAGAGCUCCAGUGAGCUGCACUGCACUGUGCUGCGGGCCAAGGGUCUGAAGCCCAUGGACUUCAACGGUUUAGCAGACCCCUACGUGAAGCUGCACCUGCUGCCUGGAGCCUGUAAGGCCAAUAAGCUGAAGACGAAGACGAUUAGAAACUCUCUGAAUCCAGUUUGGAAUGAAACCCUCACUUACGUUGGGAUCACAGAAGAAGACAUGCACAGGAAGACACUCAG